AUGGCAUAUCAAUUCCCCAACCCUGUCGAAGCGUCCGACCACGUCCUCGCCCUUCUCGACCGUCUCCACCGGCAAUCCGAAGCCCAAGAAGCAGGCUUCGACAUCUACAAACACAGCGCCUCGGCGUCGAACUUCAAAGAGGCCGUCCAAGACAAGUUCAUCGCCCUCGACCAGGACAAAUGCCACUGCUUAUACACGCUCUGUCGCGCCCUCAACGCCAAGAACAUUGUCGAAGCAGGCACCAGCUACGGCGUCAGCACCAUGUACUUGGGCCUGGCUGUGACGCGGAACAUCGAAGCCACGGGCGGGACCGGGACCGUGAUUGGCACGGAACAUGAAACCUCCAAGGCUGAAAGGGCUCGCGCGUACUGGGCCGAGGCCGGCGAGGAGGUGUCGCAACACAUCGACCUGAGAGUCGGGGAUCUGCGGGAGACGUUGAAGUCGGAUCUGCCUGAGGAGAUUGACUUGGUGCUGUUGGACAUCUGGGCGCCGAUGACGCUGCCGGCCCUGAAGCUCGUCCAGCCGAAGUUGCGGUACGGGGCCGUCGUCGUCAUUGAUAACCCGAUUGCCUCGGCGGACAGGUAUAAGGAUUUGUUGGACCACUUGAGGGGCCGGGACAGCGGCUUUAUCAAUCUCACACUGCCGUAUAAUAAGGGCUUGGAGAUGAGCGUGUAUGUGCCUUCUCGAAAAUAG